AUGGAUGCUGUGAGCGGCUGUGACCACCGCUUGUGUGGCAACGGGGGGCCCGUCCGUGUGGUCUUUUUCACGACGGGCGACGAUGAUGGUUGUGUUGCACACGUGUCCGUCGCGUUGCUGGAGAUGGAUGAUGCGUGGAGGGAGAGCUCUGAUCUUGAUCUUGAGCUUGAGUGGACCCUGAGCACUGGUCUUGAACUUGAAGCUAGGCAUGCAUUCAUUCCGGAAAUACUGCCCCCUGUCCUCAUCAAAGACGCACUCUACUUCAUGCUUUCCAUUGUUGAUGGUGUUCGUGACAUGGCUAUUCUCAAGUACGACAUGGCCUCUGAUGGCUUGUCAUUGAUUGAUCUACCCGACGUGCGCUCUAAUGGCUUACCGCUCAAAGACCAUUCCUUUAUCCCCAUGGCCAUGGGGGAUGGCAAUUUGGGGUUUGCACAAGUGGACGGGUUAACCCUCAAUCUAUGGUCAAGCUCAAUCCAGACGGGUGUCGAGGGCCUUGCGUCAUGGACUCAGCAUAGAGUUGUCGAUCUCAACAAGAACCUUCUCCCUAUUCGGAAUCCCAAGCAAAGUCUUAGGCUGAUUGGAUCUGUGGAAGGCAGUGAUAUCAUUUUCGUGACUACAGACCUUGGCAUCUACCAGAUUAGUCUCAUGUCCCUCGGGUGGAAGAAGCUAUGGAAGAGCGAGAAGUUCAGUGCUUUGAUUCCGUACAUGAGUUUCUACAAUCCACAAGAGAGGAUCAACCCCUACGAUGAAGCUCAUUGA